CUUUAAAUGCACAACAGCAGAUCACUACUCCACUCCUAUAAAAGCCGCGCAGUCGACCGCAGAUUUGUCCUUUCUUGAUUGUUAGGGUUUCUCUAUCUCCCGCAUUCUUCAAUUGGGGCACACACCUGAAUUACAGAGAGCAAGCGUUUUAACAUUCGAUUCAAUUUAUUUAUUUGUGUUUUCUGAUUUUAAUUCGUGAUAUUUUAAUUGGUGAGUGGAUGGCGCCGAAGUUAGCGAAGAGAACUUCAGCGGGACCGGGAAACAAGCGAGGUACGCGGGCUCGGACCGCGGCGGCGAAGGUUCAGGAGGAGGUUGGGGUUACGGAGGCAGAGAGUGUUGAGGAAAAAAAGCUGCCGGUAGCUGUGGAGGAGAUUGGGAGGGACCCUGCGGUAGGCAUGGGUGAGAAAGGAACGAAGCCGGCUGUAGCUAUCGAGGACAAAGAGACGGAGCCUGAGGAUAAUGCUGAGACAAACGUGACGGAAGAAAUUGAAGAUGAUUAUGCCAAGAAGGACAUUUAUGCUAAUGUAUCCAUUGAUGAUUAUGAGAGAGAUGAGCAUUUGGACUUGGAGGAUAAUGACCCUGAGUACGAACCCGAAGAAUAUGGAAGUGUAGAUUAUGAUGAUAAGGAAAUUGAGCAAGAUCCUCAAGAAGACGGAGGUGAAGCAGAGGAAGAUCCUGAAGAGGUGGAUGUUGGUGAUGACGAGGGUGAUUUGGUUGAGGAGGAAGUGGAAGGUGUCCCUGAAGAACUUGAACCGGAGGAAGAAGAUGAGCAUGCGGGUGAGUAUCAUGCUGAGACGUAUGAUGCUGCUGAGCAUGAAGAACAUCAUGAAGUUGUCAAGGAGAGACGAAAAAGGAAGGAGUUUGAAAUUUUUGUUGGGGGAUUGGACAAGGAUGCUACUGAGAGUGAUCUUAGGAAAGUUUUCAGUGAAGUUGGUGAAGUUACUGAAGUUAGACUUAUGAUGAAUACUCAGACAAAGAAGAACAAGGGUUUUGCUUUCUUGCGUUUUGCAACCGUGGAGCAAGCGAAACGAGCUUGUGCUCAGCUGAGGAAUCCAGUGAUUAAUGGCAAGCAGUGUGGUGUUUCCCAAAGCCAGGACAGUGAUACUCUAUUUGUGGGUAACAUAUGCAAGACAUGGACAAAAGAAGCUUUGAAAGAAAAGCUAAAGCAUUAUGGUGUUGAGGGUCUUGAGGAUUUGACAUUGGUUGAAGACAGUAACAACGCGGGGUCAAAUAGAGGCUUUGCCUUUCUGGAGUUCUCAUCCCGGUCUGAUGCCAUGGACGCUUUUAAGCGUCUACAGAGAAGGGAUGUAAUGUUUGGAAUAGAUAGGCCUGCAAAAGUUUCUUUUGCUGACUCUUUCAUUGACCCUGGUGAUGAAAUAAUGGCUCAGGUUAAGACUGUUUUUAUCGAUGGUAUAUCUGCCUCAUGGGAUGAGGAACAUGUGAAGGAUCUUCUCAAGAAGUAUGGGGAGAUUGAGAAAAUUGAGCUUGCCCGUAAUAUGCCAUCGGCCAGGAGAAAGGAUUUUGGAUUUGUUACAUUUGGCACCCAUGAUGCAGCUGUUAUUUGUGCAAAAAGUAUCAACAACGAGGAGCUGGGUGGAGGAGAUAACAAGGCUAAAGUUCGGGCCAGAUUGUCAAGACCCCUUCAGAGAGGCAAGGGGAAAAAUGUUGCUCGAGGUGACUCGCGGCCUGGGCGUGGGUUGGUAAGAGGUACUAGGAGCCCUUGGAGUGGUUCCACUCACCGUAGUGUUUCACUCCGCGGGUCUAGAGGAAAUGGAUCGCGUAUUCCUCCUGUAGCUGAUCGUAGGCACAGACGACCUGCUGACAUUCGAGAUAGAAGGCCAGUGCCAGCUCCUCCUUCGAGAAGCAGGCCUGCUGCUCCCUUACCGAGGUCCUAUGACAGGAGGCUGCCACCUGUUCCAUCAUACUCCAAGAGCGGUUUGAAGAGGGACUAUGGCCACCGAGAGGACCUUCAUCCUAGGAGCAGAGCCGCUGUAGACUACAGCUCUCGGGAAGUUUCGGCUAGACGACUGCAAUAUAGAGAUGAUUAUCCUCUUCGUCCAUCUGCUUACCCUGAUUAUCCUAGAGGUGAUGCAUCAAGAUCUGCAGCCAGACGACCUUAUGUUGAUGAUGGCUACAGUCAGAGGUAUGAAAGGGCACCAAGUUACAGGGAGGCACGUGGCCGUGAAUACGAUUCUAUGGCUGGUUCUAAACGUCCGUAUGCUGCCUUGGAUGAUGCUCCCCCACGCUAUUUGGAGGCUGGGAUGCGUCACUCUCGUCCACGUCUAGAUUAUGAUCCUGGAAGUGGAGUUUCUCACUAUGGGGAUCCUUACAGUGAUAGAUUUGAGAGGUCAAACAUUGGGUAUGGCGGAACUCGAGGUUCUUUGCCCAGUCAAGAGUCCCAUGGGUUUUACAGUGGUCGUCAAGAAAUGGGUUACGAUGGAGGCCCUUAUGGUGGUAGUGACUUUGGUGGGAUGUACUCAUCAAGCUCUGGUGGUGGUUAUAUGUCUCGUGGGAGUAACGUUGACACUAGCUCCUAUCCUUCACUUUACUCUGGGCGAGGUUUAGGUGGAAGUAGUUAUAUGGGAAGCAGUGGUUCCAGGCUGCUGAAGGAGAGUAAUAUGUUGUACUUAUGGCUUUUGGUUUACAUGACCACCGUCUUAACCAAAAUGGAGUUGAGGGGAGAGGCUUCUCUACGAUGUGGAAGGCUUCAAAUAUGGAAUUUAAUGCUCACAUUUCCAUAUGUGAUGUUAUUUGGACAUAAGGAACCUUCAUGGGUUGUUGAGUUUCAGAACUUAGAGGAGACCAUCUGCAGGAUCUGGCUAAGCCUCGGCUACAACCAAGAGACAGACUCAGCCAACGACACGCGCAACGCCCUAAUCACGGCUGUAACCUUCCAAGCUGGGGUCAACCCACCAGGCAGAAGGCGGGCCGGGCUAUAUACGCGGCCCAACAAGGGGCCUUUUACACUCUCAACGUCCGUACUUGUCCUUGUGUCCCUCACCUAUAGGUUCCCCUUCCAUAUCGAGCUCUGGGCAGCCAUUGUAGCCAUGUUUGUGACUUAUUUUCCUGAUGAGUCGGUUAAGUUUAGGUAUCUGUUGGCCACAGCUGCCGUGCCCAUUGCAGUC